AUGAUACCAACUAGAGUAAUACAUGAGAUUGAGCAGCUUAUGAGAGGAUUCCUUUGGUCCCAAGGGAGUUCACAAAAAGGUAAGUCUAAGGUUGCUUGGGAAGUUGUAUGUCUCCCAAAAGCAGGAGGGUUGGGUAUUCGAAGACUACAGGAAUUUAACGUGGCACUAUUGACUGCUCAUAUAUGGAACAUUCUUGCUCGAAAGGAAUCGCUAUGGGUCCAAUGGAUCCAUGUGUACAAAAUCAAGGAUCGGAAAUUCUGGAAUAUACCUUAUCGUAGGAACAUGACAUGGAGUUGGCGUAAGAUCCUUCAGAUCAGGCCCGUAGUUCGAGAUUUGAUAACUUAUUCCAGAUUUGGUACAAGAUUGGAAAUGGGCUCACGACUUCAGCAUGGUUUUCAAAUUCACUCAAAUGUUGCUAAUCUCGUGUCUGGUGCAAAUUGGGCAUGGCCGGUGGAGUGGAUUUGGGAUACUAUUAGGACCAGGGUGAUGAAGGUUCAAUGGUUUGACAUUGUCUGGUUUGGAAGAGGAUCUGCGAUUGGUAACAAAAAAUCGGCCAAAACCAUCAUAGCAAAACAGGUCCUUCCUGCUGCUACUUAUUAUGUGUGGCAAGAGAGAAACACUCGGCUUUUUAAAAAGGAAAAGAGACCAACUCAACAAUUGAUCAAGGUAAUUGAAGAAACUGUACGUUUGAAGCUCAUGUCAUUUCGUUUCAAGAUGACUUGUGAUAGUGAAAAGAUUUUUGAUACUUGGAAGCUGCCAAAGUCUUUAUUGGUUACAAAGAAUCAGGCCUGUUAG